AUGAACGAAAAUGAAAGUAAUACCCUUUUAGAGUCUACGGUUGGUGGCGUGAACAGUUCAACCGUAGAAGCGAUGGAUGAAGAGGUGCAUGAUUUUAAUGGAUAUAUUAAUGACUUCGUUGAUGAGUCUGGACGGUUUAACUAUAAUCAUGAAUCAUUUUUAGGGGAUACUGCUGCUCUAAAUACCGCUGGUCUGUGGUCUGACGAAGAGUCAGAAUAUGCUGAGAGCGAAGAAGAAGCGUCAUCCACGUUUGACAAAACAUCUACACAAAAAGGCUCUGAGGUUGACGACAAUGAAUGGGAGGAAGAUUUGAAAGCAGCUGUUGGGUUUAGACGCGCCAAAAAGAGCUCACGGGGUCGUGGCCGUGUGAGUCGUGCAGACAUGGUUCCUUCUGUUGAAGUUCAACAAUUGCUGAGUAUUGCAAAUCGAUUAUUCGCUCAGGAAGGAAACUUUGCUGAGGCUCAAAAAAUUGCCGAAGAAAUUGUUCGCAUCGAUAAUAAUGUGAUUGCCGCUUGGAAAAUGUUGGGUGAAUGCCAUCGUCAAAGGGGCAACGAGAGGGUCAAUAUUGAAAAGUGCUUGAUUGCUUGGAUGGCUGCAGCUCAUCUUAAACCAAAAGAUUAUGAAAUGUGGGCUACUUGUGCACAUCUCAAUGAAAGUCUAGAAUUUUGGGAUCAAGCAGACUAUUGUUAUUCUCGUGCAAUCUUAGCGAAACCGAACAAAGAAAAUUUACUAAACGAGUAUAUUUUUAAUCGAUCUAUUUUAAAUAAGGAUCAUGGAUCAUUGAAGAAAGCAGCUGAGGGGUUUCGACAACUGCUUCCUUCUUCUCCUUUUGACGUAUCACUUCUAAAGCAUUUGGCUGAGGUCUAUAUUAGAAUUCGUGCUCCCGGUGAAGCUCUUAAUGCUUUUGAAACUGCUUGGACACAUUAUUACCAGUACCCAGUGCCACCUAUUGGCAAGAGUGUUUUUGAUUUACCCGCUCUGAAUCUUUAUGCUGAACUUUUACUUUUAGACCAUCAGUGGUCUAGUGCUAUCCACCUUAUCAAUCGAGGUGCACGCUGGUUUCGCGGACGGAAGUCAGAAACAUACUGGGACGACUACGAUGAUGAUCGCGAGUGGGACGUAGAUGAAAAACGGAGAAAGGUUGAUGCUACUUCCGUACAAGAAAGUUCAGAAGAAACCUAUCAUUUACCUUAUCUACUACGAGCUAAAUUGGGAAUUGCAAGGAUGAAAAUUGGUGAACUUGAAGAAGCUGCCCACCACUUUUCUAUAAUUAAAACCCUUCCUCUUAAGUACAUCUCAGGAGUAUUAAAUAACAUUGCAAAGGCCUAUAUGGAAAUUGAACGCCUCGAUUUGGCGUUAGAAUAUCAUAUACUUUUAAGCAGCUAUGGUCCUGCUCAAAACAUCCACCUUUGGUUUGAUAUGGGUCUUUGCUAUCUCGAAUUGAAAGAAUUCGAACAUGCACAACAAUGUAUGGAAGCUAUUCUACUUAUAGACAAUAACAAUAUCAACGCGCUUGUAAAGUUAGCCGAGAUAAAUGAGUUACAGGAUAAUCGCGAUGCAGCGUUGGCAAUUGUUACUAGUAUAAUAGAACUUCAGAAAGGGACGUCUGAAAAUGAGAAGGGGGACAUGGAGGUAGAAGGUCGCGAGAGUGAUCUUGGUUCUCGAUUACUAAUAAAUAAUCAGAGAUUACCACAAGACGGAUGGGAAAAGCGGGCUCAGAUUAGCCGGUCUAAAGAAGAAGCCCGCCAGUACAAGAUUUGGAAAACAGAACAUACUCAAAGAAGGUUUGGGAAACUUAGUGAAUUGUUCGAAAAUAUGCAAAACGAUCCGACGAAUUCGGAGACGCUUAAUUCUUGGCUGAACAUCGCAUCCGAGCUGAUUGAUGAAUUUGUAAAUACAAAAGCGCUAUAUCCUAAUGAACGGAAAGCUAGAUCGAAAACUAGCUUGUUGACAAGGCACGUACGAAUUCAUUCGCUAAAGGAUCAGCUUAUGAACAUGAUAAAUAGGCUUAAUGACUCAAUUACCCAUUCAAAAUGGGGUGACGUCGAUUUGGAGAAGGUUUUACAUACAAAGAUGUUUCGUAAUGUUUCUAUCGACUCUUGGUUUCACCUUUUUGCACUUUACGCACUCCAGGAAGCCAAAUUAGGAACGGUGAAACAAGCUUAUGAGGUAUUAAAAGCAGGUAUGGCGACUCCUGUGUUUGAACAGGAUCCAAUAAAACGCCAGAAUUUGCGUUGGUGCAUGCUGGCAUGCGCCAUUCAUGCGGGAGAUUCUCAAACAGCACUUGGUCCUCUCCGAUGGACUUUCACGACUUUUCAAUUCCGUCAAGACACUUACAGACUUUUUUCAGGUAUAUUGAGUUCAGGUUAUGAUUGCUCUCGAACGUUCGUGGACAGCGCUAAUCAAAAGUUUUUGCUUCGUCUGGUAAAACUAAUGGAUCAACUAAUUAACAAGUCUUCUGUUCCUGGUGCUGCUACCUUAUCCAAAAAUGAAGACGGAUUGGCGACUGUUCCUACAUCCUACGACCCUAUUUUAUUCCUACUAUAUGGACAUAUCAUGGCCCGUAGUAGGAGUUGGAUUCCAGCAAUCAAUUAUUAUAGUCGAGCAUAUGCGAUGAAUCCAGAUUGUCCAAUGACAAACCUCUCUAUUGGCUUGGCUUAUAUUCAUCGUGCUAUGCAGAGGCUUUCUGACAAUCGACACUACCAAAUCCUGCAAGGAUUCACAUUUUUGUACCACUAUUAUGACUUACGAUCCAAAGCAGGCGUAGGAGAGAAGCAGGAAGCCCUCUAUAACUUAGCAAAAGCUUAUCAUUUUUUGGGAUUGGAACACCAUGCUGUACAGUAUUAUGAAAAGGUUUUAGAGUUAUCGCCUAUGGGAGCCCUAAACAACUUUCAAGCACAGCAGAAAGAGGGAAAGCAAAUUAACUCUACUUACGAUUUCUCCUAUGAAGCUGCUUACAACCUUCGACUUAUAUAUACAUCAAGUGGAAACUUGAAUCUGGCCUUUGAAGUAACUAAACGGUAUUUAGCCUACUAA